AUGGCGAGCCGCAACAACAGCUCGCUACCCGCGCUCGAUCCUGAAGUGAACGAGUUCGUUCCGACCGACAACAACAGCAGCGCAAGCAACAGCAACAGCAGUGCGCGCCGCAAGCCAACUCUCGCCUUGAUGCCUUCAUUCAGCGCGCAAAACGACGGAUCAGUCUUCGAAGGGCCAAAAUUUCAUUCCGCCCUUCCACUGUACCCAAGCAACACAUGGUCGGCAAGUGCCAAUCCAGUGGCCAGAAGCGCUGGGCUACCGCUGAAACCGUCAUGGGACUCUCUGGGCUCGUCAAAGCCUGGCGCUUCCUUCUCUACUGCUGCUAGGCGCGAUCACGAUCGGAUCGCGGGACUUGGAGUUUCCACUGUCAGCAACGGUGAUGCUCGACUCAACAAUCACCAUCGUCUCGACUUCAAACCGCCAAGCUCCACCAUCCGCUACACACAGACCGAAGAGUAUCACAAGUCGGCCAAUCCUUCCAACCGUGGUGAUCUAGUGGUGAGAACAGAUCCGCUUCCGCAACACCCCUUCAAUCUGCCUAGCCAGGGAUUUGGGAUGUCUAAUGACGGCAAUGGUGUCACGAACAAUUCAGCAUCGAAGAGUCUGAUUACAGGAACAUCAAUGAGCUCUACAUCUGGCGGGGUGUUGUUGUCGAACAGUGGUACUCAAGACUCUACCAUGGUUGCCACUCCUGUACGCUCGACUUUUGAUGACAGUGACGAGGAGUCCGUGCCGGAUGCUGAAGACGGUCACUGGACCGAGGGCGAACAUUCGCAAUGCUUGCGACGUGCUCUGAAGGAUCCAAAGGCGGUCUGGGAAGAAGCAUACGAUGGCUCGUUGGCCGUUCUCGCAAACAUGAAUCCGGAGCAUUUCACUUUUCCCGCAAAUAGUCGAGUCAUCAACAUCAAGACUGAGUUCCCCCAGAAUCUCGUUGCUUCGGUUCGACUGGGGAAAUACUCAGUCAUGGAGAAGAUCAGCGAGCGCAUCAUGGCUGUCUGGAAUCGUUACGGUGGCACAUCGCAGAAGAUUUUCUUCUUGUUUUCUGUCAACGGCAGCAAGAAGUUUUCCGGCUUGGGCGAGCUCGCGGGCCCGUGGGAUAAACAAUCAUUCCUUGAUGGGUGGUCGGAGAACCCAGAAAGCCACGGUUGUGUUGGAUCGUUUCCUGUUACCUGGAUAUAUGCCAAAGACUUGCCGUACCACCGCUUCAACCACAUCAGACAGCCCGGUACUGAGAACCCAGUCGGCAACAUGUGGAAUGGCAUGCUAUUUCCACUCGAGACGGGCAGAAGAGUCGUCGAACACUAUGUCAAACUGCCAGCUACAGCAAGUGUUCUUGGAUAUCCAAAGAACUACCCCGACAACGAUCAUUCGAGCUCUGCUCAACGUCGAGGUACUUUUGGCAACCGUGGACCACGAUCUGGUGGCCGAGGCAGUUUCAAGGGCUCCAACGUCAACACGCCGUGGCGUCCACAGAAUCGCCAGCAAAACCAUCAGAACACGUUCGAGGAAGACCAGGACCAUGACGCUACGCCAACUCCAGCCAGUCGAGGUUGCUUGAGCGAUGGUAGUGAAGCACCCCCGAGGUGUGACAUUUCCACGUUCGGAGGCAGUUCUUCGCAAGGAGAAACGGUCUCGGCCUCGUUCGACGGUGUGGGUAAGUACAAUUUUGUGCCAAGCAGAGCAGCAACAAGCAGUGAUGGAUCCUCGGCCUACUCUGCAGCUCCUGAUUCUCUCUCGAAAGCCGGGGGUCGUGGCCCACGACCCAUGCCUCUCCAGCUUGACACUCGCACCAGUGUAGAGGGCAACGCUCUAAUGAGCACUACCACUGCAGUGGCCAAUCCCAAGUACUUUUCCGCUCCGAUAGGCAGUGGUCACGCCGGACUCCCGCAUUCGGUCUCGAUGGACGUUCUUCGUUCGAAUACUGAGUCGCAGGCCAUCGCGCGGCCCGUGCUACAGCAAUCGGGCUCGAUGAAUAGCCUUUCACUGCAACUCCGUCAGCACUCUACUCAGCAGGGGGUACAACACGAGCCCACAGACCCCGGUGUGUCGCGCGCUGUUCCUUCCUAUGAACAAGCUCUUACGCUGCACCAGUCGCCUUCUUCUACUGCACUGUCAUCGCAGUUACUCCAGUAUAGUCCAAGCCAGCGUUCUCCAACCCGCAUGGGCUUCGACAGCAAUGCUUUCCCGCCGUCCCCAGGUCAUGGACAAGAUCAGCAUCAACUUAUGGGCAAGUACCACGCGCUCCAAGCAGAGCGACACCGACUGCAGUCCGAUCUUUAUGCCUCGGGAAUGACAGCUCUUGACCGCCAACUGAUCAAUGCCAAAUUGCUUACCAACGAAAUGGCGAUUCAAACCACCGUAAUGGAAAUGAAUCUUUUGGCGUCCAGACCAACACAGUCGUCGUCGCCAGAGCGGGCCAACGGCUCCUUUCACGGGGACAACUUCUUCUCGCCAAACAGUGGUUAUCGCUACUCGCCUGAGCGAACUACUGGAGGCCCAAAUUAUUACUCGCCAUGCCCACUCGGAUCCCCUUCUCCCGGCACUGGCGGCACCAUGUCCGGCGAUGCUGCCUACUACAACGCAAUGCACGGCAACUUUCGAUAUGCUGAGCCUCGCUUCACGCAUCGCGCACAGUCUUCGUGGGACCUACGCGCCCAGCACGUGGACAACCUGGUCGCUUCUCCUGAACGCGGCGGUAUGGAGUCAGCCGCGUCCAGAUCAUUCCCUCAGCAUCAGUCUCCUGGCAUCCACGUUGGCCCUGGACACGGCCUAGCCGGACGCCAGGGUUUCAGCUUCCAACCUCCCAGCGCUUUCAACAACAAUCGCCAGGAUCAAGAGUACGCUUAGAUGUCGCUGACGAAUUCAACGCCACGACUGCGGAACAUUCUCUGGGCUCGGCGAUCUUUCACGAUCCUUCACCGCACCAACAACUUACACCGUUCUGUUCGACUCAACUUUACUUCUAAUAAUACGCAUACUUGUGCACAUCAGCUUCGCUUAUCUGUCUGGACGCCAGACUAGGCAGUGAGCUUGAUGGUCACUUCUUGUUUGCGCUUCUUCUUUGACACUUUGUUCGACUGCAGAGUACUCUACCUGCAUGGCGACUUUGAUGAUGUUUGGCCCCAUACCAGGCAAAAUUGCCUUCCUGCUGUACGUUGUACGCAACGCUUGUACAGGCGCGGACCCUGUUGUAACCUGCUUUCCGGGAGGAACGAGAAUGGGCUU